AUGCACGUUGAGCGAAGAUGGAGAGCGAAAGUGGGGUUGCAGCCCGCAGAAUUCCACUUUCAUUAUGACCAAUCGUCUUCACCCUUGUGUCUGCCAGAAGACAGGACUUGGCCAGGAACGAAGUGUGAAAGAUGCCAACAUUAUGGUUACGUGUGUUCGGCCAUGAGAACGAAGCAUGAAGAGUCUUCGGCCAUUCCCGAUGUUAGCCCAAGAAAUUCACCAAGCCUACCAACUACGACACCCUCAACUUCGCCUCAAGCUCGACCUCGGAGAAGCGAGAUCCGCUGCUUGCAGGACCUCGGAGACCUGCGGCAGCUGUCCACAUCACACUCAUGCCCUCUGCUGCGGUACUAG